UGCAGUGAAUGAAACCACGUACGCGCAUGAAAGGCGGGUUUUCUUUCGGUAUAAAAGACUUGGUCCAACACACACAGCAGCAGCAGUUUCAUAAGUUCCAUCAUCUGUAGAGCAACAAACAAGAAAACAACAGCACAAUCAUGAAACUCGUGAUUGUCUUGGCGAGCUUAGUGGCGCUAGCCGUAGCCGUUGAGGAAAACCAGCCAUUAGUAGAGGGAAGCCAACCAGUUGCUGUCGUCGCUGAUCAAGACGUUGCCGAGCAACAUUAUGGUGGGUACGGUGGUGGACAUCACGGCGGAUACGGCGGUGGGCAUCACGGUGGAUAUGGAGGCGGACACCACGGUGGAUAUGGAGGCGGACACCAUGGUGGAUACGGAGGAGGGCACAGCCAUGGAUUCGGCGGAUGGGGACGCAAACGCAGAUCUGUUGAAGCAAUCCAGCCAGCCGUAGCGGUCGUUCAGCCAGUUGUUGAAAUUGCCGAUCAGGAGGGCGCCGAACAACAUCACCAUGGAUAUGGCGGUGGCCAUUAUGGUGGGUAUGGAGGUGGACACCAUCAUCACGGAGGCUAUGGAGGUGGGCACCAUCACCACGGAGGCUAUGGAGGUGGACACCAUGGCGGUUACGGAGGUGGACAUCACGGCGGAUAUGGACACGGUGGAUUCGGUGGUGGACACGGCCACUACCACGGUUAACUUUCUACUAAUUUCUGUUUGAAACCUGAAACUCGUUGCUCGCUUAAUACUCUAAUUCGGGAAUUUAUGUUCGUACGACGCUUCCAUUGAUGUAUGCUCCACGUUGAAAAUGAUUUGAAUCAAUAAAUAUGUGUCAAUUGUC